GUUUUAUCGUUAUGACGUACAUGGACUAAUAUUUUUCCGAUAAAAGCUUUGUUUGUUACUGAUUGAAUUUGUUAUUGUUCAUGAAUCAUCGGUACCAGGAUUAAAUAUGACCAAGGCAAGCAUAGAUCAUAUAAAACAAAAGCAAAUCCAGUUAAGGCAAGAGGAAUUAGAACAGAAACGUCUUGAGAAAGAAGAAAAAAUCCGAAAAGAAAAGGAGAGACAACAAGAAAAGUUACGGCGUUUAAGUAGUAGUGAAAACUUUGGCAUAGAAACUUUGUCAAUCAAUGGAUCAAGUUCAUCACCAAGUCCUGCUAAAACCAGUCCACCUAAACCACUUCCUCCAGCAAUAACACCCAAAAAGAUUAAAACAGAAAAUAAACCAGUAUCUAGUUCUCCUAUGUCAGCACAAUAUCCACCACCUACUGAUUCUGAUAAUCCAGAAGAUUGGAAACCUGUCCGCGAUCCAGAUGCUGUUCUUAAAGACGCUCUUAAAAAACUUUCACAAGAUGAUUGGGAUGUUAAAUGUGAUGGUAUAAAUAAAAUAAGACAACUUAGUUUACAUCAUUCUGAUGUCAUACAAGCACAAUUACAUACAGUUACAGUAGCUAUUAAUGCUGAGGUGAAGAAUUUGCGUUCUCAAGUUUCGCGAUUAGCUAUAUGUUGUUUAGGUGAACUAUUUGCCAAUUUAAAACGUGGAAUGGAUCCAGAUCUCGAUUCUACAACACGCACAUUAUUAGCUAAAAAUGCUGAAAGUAAUGGUUUUAUCAAGCAAGAUGUAGAGAAAGCUUUAGAGAAUAUGAUAGAUAAUGUUAGUCCACCAAGAGCACUGACAGCCUUAAUAUUAGGUGGUGCUGGGCACAAGAGUAAUCCAGUGAGAAAGAUGACAGCUCAGUUUUUAGUAGAACUAACAGAAAAGAUGGGUCCCGGUCGUAUUCUCAGUGGUAUUAAAGAUAUAACGGAUAAAAUACUGCCUACAGCUGCUAAAUUUAUACAAGAUGGUUCACCAGAAACAAGGUAUUAUGGUAGAAAGAUUUUAUAUACAUUGAUGUCACAUCAAGAUUUUGAGAAGAUGUUAAAUAAACAUGUAAAUUCUACUACAAUUAGAAAUAUACAAGAAACACUGGAUUCUUUAAAACAAAAGGGAUUAGGAGAUAUGCCAAAUGAAACCCCAUCUGCUAAAUCUAGACGAUCAGGACAUGGAAGUCGAUCAAAUUCGACAGUUCGUGGAAAUUCAGCUAACAGUGCCAAUGGGAACAAUAAUACACCUUUACCUAGACGUAGAACAGUUAAAACUGAUGCUGCUACAUUAGAUGAAAUAAAUCAGAUGAUAGAUAUGAUGUCAGCUAGUAAUUGGAAUGAUAGAUAUAAUGCCCUAAAAGAUUUCUUAGUAUUAUGUGAAGCUAACCCAGAUCAAGUUGCACCUCAUAUAGUAAAGAUAUUUGAUAAAUUUUCGCCACGGUUAGUCGAUUCUAAUAGUAAAGUGAAUUUAUUUGCUCUUCAAGUUAUGUUUCAAGUUAUUCCACUAUUAAAGGAUAGUUUACCACAAGGUCCUGUAUUAAACAUAGCUAUUGGUAAUGUUGUCCCCAAUCUGUCAUCGAAAAACAGAGACAUCCAUGAAGCGGCCGCAAAUAUUCUUGAAGCCUUAAUAGAACAUAUAGAUGCGUGUCAAUUAAUUGAACCGUUUGCCAAUCAGGCUAUUGCGGCUGGUCCUAGAAGUAAACCAGAAAUAGUAGAGAAAGUUGCCUAUUUGGUACAGAAAGUUUAUGUGAAGAAACAAAAGUUAGUGAUAUUGCGUGUUCUGCCAUUAUUAUGGCAUCUUCUUGUUGCAUCGAAUUCUAGUGGAGCAGUGCACGGUGGUAGUUGUGAUUUACGGACAGCGUCUGCUCAGUUGGCUAAUGUCUUAUACAGUAAUAUGGGCACUAGUUUAAUAGACAAGGCACAAGCAGAUCCCAACAUUACGCCAAGACAUGUAGAGUUUUUAAAUCAAUUGUUGGAUCGAUAACAACUUUUUGAUGUGUCGAUUGUCUUGUGAUAUUAGCUCGGAUUAUUUUGAAAAGCCGAAAUUCAGGUAUGAAUUAUUUUCAAGGAAGUUACAAAUCAAAAUUUCUAAUCAAUCAGUUAUGAAUAUCUAUUGCUUUAUUUAUAUAAUGGACAUUACAGUUCUACUAAUUCAUAGUAGACAUUAGAUGAUGAUGAACAUCAUUGUUCAAUUAAUUAACACCAAACCUUCAAGUUGUUUUGUUUUUUUAAGCUUGAAAUCUUCUCUCAGGAUUCGAAGAUGAAAACUUGUUUGGUUUGUUGCUAUUUAAUUGUAACAUUGUAUUUUACAUAUUUUUAGUAUUUAUAUUGGUAUUGGAAGAUUCUAGAUGUGCAUAUUGCUCUGGUUGUUGAAUUACUAUAUCGUCGAUGGGGAUCCAAAAGGUCGUAUCUGGAUUUUGGGAAAUUGUCCAGGAGAGCCAAAACUAGCCCAGAGGUUAAGAAUCAAAAUGUCUUAUAAAACCGUCACGUCAAAAUGUUGUAUGUAAAAUGUCGUAUUUCUGAAGCUUUUCUCAAAAAUUUAUUUAUAAAAUGUAUGUGUAUCCAUUUAAACAGUAUGUAACGAUCCGCACAUAUCAAGCUCAACAUCUAGUGCAGAAAUAAGGAGUGAAAGCUAGUUAUUUGCAAUUUUAUACAACAAAGACGUAUCUCAGGAAAAUAUUCAGCUUUAGCUGCUUCAAUUUCAUAGAUUUCACACAAUAGAGGCUCAACAAUAAUUUCAGUAAUACGUAUUUAACCAUAAAACAAUACUGGCUAUAUUUCGUUUGAUUGCAAUGCUUUGGUUAGAUACAAAGUUGAUUUUUUUCAACAAAAUACGAUGUUUUCACUCUUAAUUUUUUUUUUUUUGGAACACCCCAUAUACAACAUUUUGAAACAAUGUCCAUAAAAUCUCUUUUUAUUGGCUUAGAAAUAUGACUACCAGAUGAAAAGAUGUGCACGAAAAUUCCCAUUCUGAAGAAGCAGAAAAGUGAAUUUCGCAAAAUAUGCCAGAUAAGAAAGACCUUUUGACUCCCCACCGACGAUAUGCCAAAUAAUAUACUUGUAUAUUAAGUGAAAGAAAUUGUUGGGAAAUGGACAGUUCACACUAUAAACCUCAGAAUAUCCUCUUUAGCCCUUUUUUAUAAGUUCAUAUUUUAUGUAGCAGUAUAUUGUCACCACCUGUGUCAGUCCGUUCUGUCAGUUGGUCAUCCGGCCAUCAGCCCGUCUGUCCUUCCCCAUUAGAUUAAUCAAAUUGUUUUUAUUUGCGAUACAUUAAGAGAUUACAAUUUAUUAUCUUGUGUUUUCUUUAAGGAUAUUUAAAGUUUGCUUUCAUAGUUGUAACAAAUUACAAGUUUUAUGAAUGAAUAAGCUCAAUAGAUUUUUUUUGAUAAUCUUGUGGAAGAUGUAUAGGCUAAAUUUAUGAUUUGAUCAACUUGAAAUUUCUAUACAGGUAGAACUAGAAACCAACCAAAUUCUAAUUAUUUCUGAUAAUUACUUCAUGGAAUGUUACUCAUAAUCAUUUUUAUACGCCCACAUUGAAAUGUGGUCGUAUAUUGUCGUCGCCCCGUGGACACUCUAGAGGCUAAAGUUAAUAUCCGAUUGACUUUAAAUUUAUACACAGUGUUUAAGGUCAUGAGACGAAGAAGCCUAUUG